UUCGAGAGCGCGCCGAACAACCAGAACGGACAUUGGAACAAUCGACGAGCCGCGCGUUUCGUUGGCGAACGGCCGCCCCGACUGCGGCGGUCAAACGCCCCCUCCCGCCGCCGCCGUAACUCCUCAUCCUCAUAAUCCGAAACCGCAGGGGCAAAUCCCUACCCCCGCGGAGGAACACACGUACAGCUACGUGCACGUCUGGUGUGCGUGCGCGUAUAUAAAUCUUCCCGCACCCUCGCCUAACCGUCACCACCGGCCCUCUCUGCACCGCGGCGCGCGCACGGUGCCUGCCGCGAUGGGGAAGCCGACGAAGCGGCUGCUGGUGGUCGGCCAUCGUGGCCUCGACGCGUUCGACCGCCUGCCAGACGACCUCGUGAUCGCCGUUCUCGCCGGGCUCGCCAAGCGGGCCGCGUGCCCCGCUGACGUCGCCGCGGCGUCGCUAACUUGCAGGAGGUUCCGGGAGCUCGCGGCACACCCGGCGGUGCUGUCACGGGCGUCGGCGGCAGCCGUGGCCGUGCGCGCGAGCAGAUGGUCGGAGGCAGCGCACAGGUUCCUGCUGCGGUGCGCCGCCGCCGGCAACCUCCACGCCUGCUACUUCCUCGGCAUGGUGAGGUUCUACUGCCUCGGGGCCAGGGCGACGGGGGCGGCGGUGCUGGCGCGCGCGGCGGCGGGCGGGCACGCCGCCGCUCUGUUCGCGCUCGCCGUGGUGCAGUUCAACGGCAGCGGUGGCGACAAGGUGGACAAGGACCUUCGCGCUGGCGCGGCUCUGUGCGCGCGAGCCGCUUGGCUCGGCCACGCCCCUGCGCUCCGCGAGCUCGGGCACUGCCUCCAGGACGGCUACGGCAUGCGCCGCGACACAACGGCCGGGCGCCGCCUCCUGCUCCACGCCGCGGAGCGAGAGCUCCUCUGGUGGCACUGCCGCGGCGCUGGCACCGGCUGCGGCGACUGCGCCUGGGAAGACGCGGCCAGCCGGUUCAUGGUGGAGUGGUGGGCACUGACCCGCAAGUGUUCUGUGGCAGCAGUGAUGGCACAAGAAGACGACGACGCGGACCUGCGUCUGUGCUCGCACGUGCGGUGCGGGCGGCGGGAGACGCGGCGGCACGAGUUCCGGCGGUGCUCGGUGUGCGGCUCUGCAACCUACUGUUCGCGCGCGUGCCAGGCGCUUGACUGGAGGCACGCACACCGCGGCCAGUGCGCGGCCGUGGCCGUCCGUUGGCUCGCCGCCAGGGACGCGCACUGAACACCAGCUGCUCGACACGUCGCGCAUGUACAUAGCUUUGUACAUACUAGGUACCAGUACCAGGAUAAGAUCUUCUCCCUCAUCACUCCGAGAUUAAUGUUUAGUAGUUUCGUUAAUUUUGUUCACUUAGGGGUCAGAGAUAAUGGUUAGUGAGUUGUUUGGAUGUUAACUGUGGCGAGUUUGCUAGGCAAUGCAUGCCAUAGGCGUGUAAGUUUUUUUUUUUUCAUGUGAAGACAAGAGAAUAAAGGAAGCAAAAUUUGAAAAAGAAA